GCCUCAAAAAAGCGAAAAACGAAAAUUCAGAAGAUUUGUCUCGACCACGCCAUGAUUGCUUUUCAACGGGUAUCUGUCACUCGUCUACCUCUAGUGAGGUUCCCCUUUGCUCGCUCUGCGUCUACUGCUGCAUUUGAUGCCGCCAUUCACAAUUUUGGCACGGACCUCGCGCAGAGGCAACCGACUUUCUCCAUCCCCGCCAACGGAAUACAAAUCCUCUCGCAACCGAGCGAGUUUUACGCGUUGGUUCUCGACACGAUUCAACACGCUCAAAAUCGAAUAUUUCUGUCUUCGCUCUACAUAGGCUCUGGUGAAAAAGAAUUGAUUGCCUCGCUCUCUUCAGCUCUACAAGGAAAACCGGCCCUUCAGUUGCAUUUACAGCUAGACUUAAAUCGUUCAACACGUCCUGGAUAUGCAUCUACAACAAGAUUGCUUCUCCCUCUCUUGCGUGCUUUUCCGCACCGUGUCCGUGUGCACCUCUUCCGAAGCCCAAGUCUUCGUGGAGUGCUGGCGAAGGUGAUGCCUCCACGGUUUAAUGAGGGCUGGGGAACGUGGCACGCCAAAAUAUAUGGCGCCGACGAUGACGUUUUAAUCAGCGGUGCGAAUCUCAACGGAUCAUAUUUUACCAACCGUCAAGACCGCUACAUCUAUUUUUCUAAGCAGAAGCAACUAGCUAAUUACUGCUUCCAAUUUUUGAAAGUUGUGUCAACGUGUGCGUAUGUGCUGUCCCCAGCUGAAGAUACGGAUCCCUCGGAUAGCACACCUUAUUCAUAUCGACAAGAGGAUUACGUCGUGCGUUGGCUGGAUCCUGAUACGCAUCCGCACAACUUCAAUGAGAAAUUGCAGAAGGCGUUAUCUACCUUCCAGGAAAGUCAUCGCCAGUCAUCAUCCUUUAACUCGUCUUCCAGUGAUGUUGCCCUGUUCCCAAUAGUUCAAGGUGGCCAAUUCGGCAUACGAGAGGAAGAGACUACUAUAGAACUCUUGUUCAAUCAUCUUCGAAGUAUCCCGCAGGCUCAACGUCCAUUCAUGGACCUUACUAGCGGAUAUUUCAAUUUAUACCAGCCCUAUCAGAAUCUCUUGCUUGCUUCACCGGGUAUGGACGUCCGUGUUCUUGCAGCCAGCCCUAAGGCCAAUGGGUUUUAUGGAUCGAAAGGCAUCUCUAGUCGUAUUCCUGAAGGAUAUACCCUUCUGGAACGACGGUUUAUCCAAGCUGUAGAUCGUGCAGGAAGAUCUUGGCGUAAAGUCACUGGCACAGGCAUUCAAUUGAACGAGUGGGAAAAAGAGGGCUGGACGUAUCACGCGAAAGGACUUUGGCUUUCACCCACAGCCGGGACGGAUCCGAUACUUACCCUCUUUGGAUCAACAAACCUGAAUGCGCGCUCGGCUCACAUUGACACAGAGUUAUCAUUCUUGAUGUUAUUGCAGCCGUUAAGCGGCCAUGAUGUUGCUGAUUCAACGAUGUCGUUAAGGCGCCGGUUGGCUGACGAAGUAAGGUCAAUUCGCAGUCAUGCACAUGAGUGGAACGGUUAUCAGAGAACUGUUCGACCUGGUACAAGGACGAUGUUGAGGAUAGUAGAGGAUAUGCUUUGAAAAUGUAAUGAUAUAUCUCGUCGAGGUAUACUCCCUCUUACUCAAAGAAUCAAGUAUAAUUCAUCCGGCC